GUAAGAAGGGGGAGUGCAGGGAAGGUUCACAGACGUCAGCUGACGAGGUUGUGGAAAAGGCGAUUCUCACCAUGACAGAGAGCUUCAAAUUUAAGAGGAAAACGACCUCUCGCCUGUUGCUGCGGGGGGUCUCUCUCGCGCGCGAAUGUUGAGAGUUCUUUUGAGACUGCGGUGGUGUGCACCACUGAGACCUCCAGGUCUCUGGAGAAGUCGGGGGGAAAUCAGUUUCAAUCCUUCUCUCGCGACGCUUGUCAAUUCGUCGCUUUCUCUGCUCUUCCAGUACAGGCAGUCAAAGAAAACAACUCGUGGUGUGUCGGAGAAAAAGAACGCCGAAUGCCUCCGCAGCUGAGGGUCACCUUCGGCCGAUUUUUCGCAGGACGGAAGGAGCCGAAGGCGUUGCUCUCGCGUCAGCUUUUUCUCGCAGUCGUUCUGGCCGUCCAUGCCUCUCCAGUUUCUCUUCGUGGAGAUUUCUUCUUUUCCUUUUUCCUUCCGGCCUGCCCGUUUUUUGCCUCGACGGAACUGCGUCCUCUCCGGGGACCUUUUGCCAAGGAGCCGGCGCCAUGGCGGCUUGCGCCUCAGUCGAGGACGCGACCGAUGAGUGACAUCUCUGUGCACCUUUUGUCGCUUCUGUUUCCCUCGGUUUCUUUCUCUCUUCUCUUUUCGCUUCGGCUUCCUGCCUUCCCUGCUUCCACCUGUCUCUCUGUCUCUCGAGUGCUCUCCCCUUUCCUCCGUGGCUUGCCUCCCCUGUCCGUCUGUCUGUCCUCCACCGCGUUCCCUACUCUCCACCUUCUUCUCUCUACCUUCUUCUCUCUACCUUCUUCUCUCUACCUUCUUCUCUCUACCUUCUUCUCUCUACCUUCUUCUCUCUAUCUUCUUCUCUCUGCCUUUCUCCCUGUCUCUGUCAGAAGGAUGUCUCCUGUGUCCGUGAGACGAGACAGGCCGACUCCCUCUCGCGGCUGGUGCCGGCGAGCCGAGAGAGGCAAAGCAAAGGACAUUGGAUGUUUCUCCUCUUCUCUCCUUGCGCGUUUCUCGCCUCUCAGCAUCGGGAGCUGGUCUUCUCGACACCACUGCCGUUCGUUCUUCUCGAUCUCUCCGUGCUCCCUCCGAGAUCCUCCCUCCUCUCGAGACUUUCAGAGGUGCUCUCCUCUCUUCAGCUCUCCCUUUUUUUCUCUUUCUCUCCGGCAAACGCGCUCGCUUGGUUCUUCGCUCCUCGGCUGCCUGGUUGCGCUUCUUCUCAUCGGGCCGCUGCUCCCCAUCCCCUCUGCUUCUUCUCCCCUCCCGGCUGCGGCGUAUGCGCACCCACCUGAGAGUCCUGCCGCCGCCUCGUCGCCCUCGCCUGUUCGUUUCGGGGAAGCCAGCGUCGAGGAACCCGAACCAACCUCACAGACUGGCGACGACGGAGACGCUGGAGACAGGAGCGUCACUGUCUCCGAUGUGGUGCAGGCGGAGCUUGAGAUGCUCGACCGGAUUACGGCGGACCUGAGGCAUAGCCCUCUCACUGCAGAGUUCGACGCGGAACUGGAGAGAAGCCUGGACCGCGUCGACGAUCGCUUGUCAGACACCGAUCGGAUGAUGAAGACCGUCGGCUGCUUUUCGAUAGCCCACCAGCAUUUUACUGAGAACAGACCCCUCUACAAAGCUCUCGUCGAGAAGGCGUCUCCCGAGAAAGGCAUGAGGCAAGAUGAGAUGCUGCGGCUGAUGUUCCAUGGCGCCUGGGUCGCUUGCUACCAGCGGUUCUCUUCCCCCGACCAAGUUGAGCGAGUUUUUCUAGGACUUCUGAGUGUGCAAGAGAAACUCACUGCGCUGCUGCGGCGCCCUGACACACCCCUGCGCUUUUCCAAGAAGCAGCAUCACGCUGCUGAGGAGCUCAUCCGAAGACUCGCGCGAGUGUCUCCUGAGAACCACAAGGCUAUCAGUGGCUUUUGGGGAUACACGUAUGCCGUCGUCAUCAUCUUUCUUCUCUUCUUCUCGCUGCUCUGUCUCCACCGAGUAAUGAAAACGAAGAAACAGCGCGGCGGGCGCCUGACCGGCGAGCCGACGCAGGCGCGGAAGCGCGGCAAUGACAAACACCACUGACUCGGAGGGCAGAACGCAAACAGGAGAGAAAAGAAAGGCAAUGUGUGGCGCAAACAAGACAAAGGCGCAUUGAGGCGGAAAUGGACAUACGUCUGGGGAAAGGCAGAGACGCAGAAUGCAGCGGCGUUGGAGGCGAGAGGAAGAGAAGGACGCCAGAACGACGAAAAGGUGCAGCUUUGGCUUAAACGCAGAAAGGAGGUCGGUCGGAAGGUAGCUGCCGUUCGAGCUUUUCAUAGGGACUGAGAGCAAAGCUUCUCGAAAUCGUUUCUUGUCGCCCACGGGGGAAAAGGGAUAAGUUGAAGGAUCGGUGGAAUCAGGCAACGUCGACACAGUUUGUGAAACUCCUGAACAAAGUGGAGAGCCGAGAGAUCUACGAAACGAAACGGAUGCCAAGUCAGGGACCGUGAGGGUGGAUGGAGCGUGAGCAGCUUCAUGUUUGGAAGUUUCAGAUGAAAACAUGCGGUGGUCAGUAUGUCUGUGCGUUGCCUCGAAACUUGAACGUCCAAGGCCCUGUGCCGUUGCUUGCGUUUCGGCGUCUUUCACUGGAAAACGACACUGGUGUCCUCGCGUUUUUUUUCUUCGCUUUCUGGCGGAAGGACGCGCGUCCUUGCCGAGCCACAGGUUUCUGCCUUUCUCUCACAUUCGCCGACACAGAAAUCCGUGGAACCGUGAAAGCCGUGAUUACCGC